UCCUUCUUCCUCGGAUAUCUCCUCUUCCUCUCCUUUUUCUACUAUUCUACAGUUAUUAGGGUUUUGCAGCUUUCCUCUCCCCACCCCUGCAUACAUGAUGAAGAUGCAGUCACAAAGAUGGAGACAGUGAUCCCUUUUGAACCGACGCAUCUUCUUUCUUUCGUUACUGUUCUAAUGGGGUUUUCUUUAUGCUAACUCAGACACCCACGACGUCAUUCAUUUUCUUACGAGAAACUGAUUUCAUUCUUUUGUUCGCCCGUACAGAGAGAGCGUUUUCAUUUUUUAGGCUUUCAGGGUGGUUUGGUUUUCACUCUUUUGAGUGAGCUUGGCUUCGCCUUGAGCUACUGAUAGCAGUGACAAUGACAUGGUCUGACGCUAGAAACGAUUCAACUCCGAAGCCAACUCGCCCGGCUCGACUCACCUACAUCCCUCCGCACCUCAGGAAAAAAUGUGUCCCCGUACCCAACCACAACGCGUACAGCUUACCCAAUGAGUCAACUCACCUCGAGCUUCGAAACGAUCGGGGUCGCGGCAGAGGUCGUGGUCGUGGUCGUGGCCGGUUUUACCAGACCGAGCGCUGGAACCAAAACCAAACACAAACACAAACCCCUUUUGAUAUCUCUUCCAAGUUCGACGAGCUGGAUGUCAAUGACGACGAGGCCAACACUGAGUCAGAGUCGAUGAAUUUGGAGGCGUACGAGGACAUUCCGGUGGAGGCCAGUGGCUCUGAUAUUCCUACACCGGUCAACACAUUCGCGGAAAUUGACUUGGGUGAGGGUCUAAACCGGAAUAUCAAGCGGUGUAACUACGUGAAGCCCACUCCGAUUCAGCGCCACGCCAUUCCCAUUGUCAUGGCUGGGCGCGACCUAAUGGCCUGUGCCCAAACUGGGUCUGGCAAAACCGCUGCGUUUUGCUUCCCAAUCAUCUCUGGGAUUCUGAAUGGAAACCAGUUUACGAGGCCGAAUCGAGUCGCGUGUCCGGUUGCGCUUAUCCUGUCCCCGACUCGGGAGUUGUCUUGUCAGAUACAUGAUGAGGCUAAGAAGUUUGCGUAUCAGACUGGGGUCAAGAUCUCUGUUGCGUAUGGUGGGGCUCCAAUUUCUCAACAGUUCCGAAACUUGGAAAAAGGCGUCGACAUCUUGGUGGCUACACCGGGGCGAUUAGUGGAUAUGAUUGAGAGAUCAAGAGUUUCACUUAGGGCAAUAAAAUACUUGGCAUUAGAUGAGGCUGAUCGAAUGCUUGACAUGGGCUUUGAGCCCCAAAUCCGGAAGAUUGUCAAGGAAAUGGACAUGCCUCCAUGCAGCGAAAGACAGACAAUGUUUUUCAGUGCUACAUUCCCAAGUGAGAUACAGAGACUUGCAUCGGAUUUUCUUUCAAACUACAUAUUUGUGGCAGUUGGAAGAGUUGGUUCUAGCACUGAUCUUAUUUCUCAAAGAGUUGAAUUUGUUCACGAUGUGGAUAAAAGAAACCAUCUUAUCAACCUUCUACAAGGCCAGAGGAUGAAUGGAACCCAUGGCAAGAAUGCUUUGACCUUAGUAUUUGUGGAGACAAAGAGAGGAGCAGAUGCAUUAGAAAACUGGUUGUCCAUGAAAGGUUUUCCAGCAAUUGCAAUUCAUGGUGACAAAGUGCAAAUGGAGAGAGAACGAGCUUUGAAAUCUUUCAGAAGUGGUACCACUCCCAUUUUGGUGGCAACAGAUGUUGCUUCACGAGGUUUGGACGUCCCACAUGUUGCCCAUGUCAUCAAUUUUGACUUGCCAAAAGACAUAGAUGACUAUGUCCACAGGAUUGGGAGAACAGGUCGUGCUGGUAACUCCGGUCUGGCAACUGCAUUCUUCACUGAGAAGAACCUGCCUCUUGCAAAGGCACUUGUUGAACUCAUGCAGGAAGCAAAGCAGGAAGUUCCUCUUUGGCUUAGUGAUUAUGCUAAGAGAGCAUCUAAUGUUGGUGGUACUGGUCGAACUAACCGAUUUGGGGGCAACAAGUUUGGUGGCUAUGAUUUCCGAAGAGAUGCUCAAUCUGAGAGUGAGAAUGAUUACUAUUCAAGCACUUGUGGCAAUGCUGCUGCUUCCUCUUAUGCUCUUUCUCAUGCUGUUGCAACCAGUGAUGAUUAUGCUGCUGCUAAUUCCUAUGGCAACACCGGUGUUGAUUCUUAUACUUCUGGUUCGUAUGGAUACGGACAUAAUUUUUCAUCUGGUGGCGCCAGUGGUUGGCACUAGACCAAAAGGGCCUCAUUCCCCCUCUGUCGACAUCUUUUUGACUAGAACCAGCAUGGUUGCGCAUGGUAUAUAGUAAGUACACAUCGGAAACAGAUUUGAGUAUAAUCCUACAGUAGUCCGUAGUCUUUCAGAUGGUCUUCUACACAGGAAAUUGAAGUUCUACUGACGUGCUUUUGUUUUGUUCUGUUGAGGGAACUAUGGCAUAGCUCUUGAUUACCUCCUUUUGAGCCUCUAAAAAAUGAAAAGGCUAUUUCUAGUUUCUUUUCAUUUCUCUUUAUUGAAAUGUAUCUCUCAUCAAUUGAGUAUGUGACUUCUCUAUGUAGCUGUUUGUAACGAAGAAACUAUUCGUAUCGACUUUAAUAUCAGCAUUGCCCUGCGACCCCAUGUGGGAUUUCGGCCUAA